AUCUCUGAUUUCUGCUUGAUUCUACAGUGAAUUAAUAUCAUAAUUUAGUUAUAAUGUUAGUUCAAAAACUUCAAUUUUUUUUUAAUUAUUAUUUCUUCUCUAUUAUUAAGCCUGUCUAGAAGCUCUCCAAGGUAGAUUCGUUGGUGGGUAUUGACCAAGUCACAGGCUUGAGGGUUUCAGAAAAACACAUAACCUCCAGAUUUAGCAAGGGACAACAAUGCACAAACUUGUCUCCCAAAUUUAGCAAAAAUCAACAAUGCUCAUAUCCUGUCAAUCACAAAAUCAUUAGCUAACAAUUUGUUAGUAGUUUUUGGAUAAACACACAAAUGUGCAAAUCAUUUUUUUUAACAUACCAUUUUUCUGUCUCAAGUUUAAGCCACCCUUGGCCUGUGGUGGGUGGUGGUGGUGGCUAUUCAUGGUCAUAGCAACAGCCAGAGGCCAUGGGAAGUGAAACCACACCGGGGAGGAAGGUAAUGGUUGUGGCUGAUCCAACCCGAGAAUCGGCAGGCGCACUUCAAUAUGCUCUUUCCCAUGUAGUUCUUGAGAAUGAUGAGCUCAUACUUCUCCAUGUCGAAAAUCCCAGUUCUUGGAGGAACGCAUUUUCAUUCCUCAGGAGGUCUAGUCUUUCUUCUACCUCUGUUCCAAACUUGGAAGGAGGAGAUGUUGAUUUUCUUGAGGCAAUGAAGCAGGUAUGUGAGGUUUCUCAGCCUAGAAUCCGCAUCCGUAAAGAGAAGGUGCAAAUGGAAGCCAAGUUAAAGGACAAAGACAAGGCUAAUGCUAUUCUUGUUAGUUGCAAUACGUUAGGCGUUGAUCUUGUCAUUAUUGGCCAACGUCGAAGUCUCUCCAGUGCCUUGUUAGGAUACACUAGCAUCAAGCGGUCAGGAAGCUCAGGACUGAAGGCCUUUGACACAGCAGAGUAUUUGAUUGAGAACAGCAAGUGCACCUGUGUUGGAGUGCAGAAAAAGGGCCAAAAUGCAGGCUAUCUCCUGAAUACAAAAACCCAGAAAAAUUUCUGGCUUCUAGCUUAAUCAAUCACUUUGAACCAAUCAUCCCCACCUACCGACUAGAAUGUUUCAUCAUGAUCAUGUCAUCUCCAAUUUGAAGUCAGUGCAGGUGAUGAUGAUCAAUCAUCACUUCUUUGUUGAGAUGACAAAAUCAAGAUCUAUUUUGACAGCUUUAAAUGUGCUAAUUGUUCCAUGCAUUGACAGAUUGCAUGAACUUUUGAUUAUUCUUAUUUUUGCCAUCUCUUAAGUUAUCAAGUGAUAAUGUCUCUUUUCAAAUCCGAAUGCAUAGGAGUUUGUAAAUAUGCAUACAACAAGGAAAGAGCAGUAGAAAUCAACUUCUAUUUCUUC